GCGACUUCUCUCUUUUUCUUUUUUUUGCAGAAUUUCAUCGUCGCGCGGAGGUGGAUUAAAGAGUAAUAGCGACGGCGGAGCUCGUGGAGCAUCGAUCUCCUGGGGGUGGAAGCUGCGGUGGCAGUCGCAGGUGGCGCACCGAAAAGCACCCGGUGUUCCUUCUUCGGCGCGCGGGGGCAUGAAAUCGCCAGAUCUGAAUGGUCAAGGAAGUGGAAUCUGGUCGACGGUUGUUCUCCAUCGCUGGCGUUUCCCUUCUAUUGUUUCUCUAUCGAUGGAUGCUCUAGCUGUGAUCAGAAACAAAAAAAAAAAAAAUUUAAAAUCUGCCACAACUAUGCUUCCGUCGAGAGAGAUGGCUGGUACAAGCGCCGACGGAAGUGAACAGGCGGGAGAGGAGAGAGAAACAGAGGACUUGUUUGGCGAGGAAAUCACGGCGUUUGUGGUCUCUUCCGUCUCAAUCGCCAAACGCCGGUACAAAAUCCAUAUGUACUGCCAGCAUCUCCGAAGAGCCUUCCUCAAUUCAACCCGAACCGUCGCCGCCGCCGCCGCCUCUUCCCGCCGCCGAUUCCUCCUCCGUAACUUCUCAGAUACGCUGCCGAAGGAGGAGAGCAAAAUGCUCGGCGAAAGUGAGAAAAGCCAAGUGACUCGGGUUCUGUUUUGCGGGCCUCAUUUUCCUGCUUCUCAUAACUACACCAGAGAGUACUUGGCCAAAGUAGUAAUCUUAAAGACUCAAUAAAACUAUAUGUCUAUAUCCCAUUAGAGGCGAAAUUCACCAGAUCGAAAACAAGAGAAAAAGGAAUGAUCUUUGCGGAUACAUAAGGAAAAAAUGUAGAAGAAAGGAAGUAGAACCAUGUUAAAGGAACUGGGUUUUGACAAGCAACUGAAAUUUAUGCUCUUAACACUGAACACCAAAAGGGUCAUGUGAUCCACACGCAUGCAAUUACAGAUACAUACAAUAGAAAGGUAAAACGAGU